UAAAUACUAGUAAAUUAUUUUAUACAUUAUUGUUGAUACAGCAUUUGAUAAAAAAUCUGUCGUCUAAAAAAAUGAUAGGUAAUCUUGAAGUUACUCUUUGCUAAAUUAAUUUUUAACAGCAACAUUUCUUUCUGUACUUUUUUAAUCAAAAUCCAAUUGCUGAUGCGUUACUAUCUCUGUAAAAUUCAAUACAAUUGAGGAGAACUUGAACUACUACCGUUUACGUAGUAAGAACGUCACAUAAAAUGAUAGAAAGAUAAUUGUUACAUCACGUAUUUUCUAAUCGUGUUCUAUGAGUAGAAAUAUCAUGAUUUUUACAAUCUAUACAUUUUUAUUAUGUACCACAAUCACUUUGGCCCUUGAUUCUGAUUCUAAUUCAAUAACAUUAAAAGAAACAUAUAUUACUUUAAUGGAAAAGUCAAUUCAAAUACUAAUAAACUCUGAACAAGCGAUCCAUAAGAAAAUUGUGAAUAUUAAAAAUUAUUUAAAGGCACUGGCAUCUGAUAUGCUCCCCAAGUAUGAAAAUACACAGAAAAAGUCAACAAUUGGUGAUGUUUUUAACUCAUUUAAAUUCAAAAUUAAGGCAAUAUUUCCAGGAACAUACUGGUGUGGUGAUGGUAAUGUAUCUCCAAAUGGAGAAGAUCUUGGAUUUUUUGAUAAUACAGAUGCUUGUUGUAAAACUCAUGAUCUUUGUUUGGAGAAUAUUUCAGCAGGAGAAAAACGAGAAGGACUUUUAAACAAUGGUAUAUUCACAAGAUCAUCAUGUGAAUGUGAUAGAGCAUUUUAUCAAUGUCUUAAAGAAGCUCAUAACAUUUUUGCUACUAAUAUUGGAAGAACCUAUUUUAAUGUUUUAAGACCCCAAUGCUUUCAGGCAGAUUAUCCUAUUGUAGACUGUAAAAAAUACACAAGACAUCGAUUGAUGAAUAACAAAUGUGAUGAAUAUAAUUACAACUUCUCACUGCCACAAAUAAUGCAAUGGUUUGAUAAUCCAGAUUUUUAAUAAUCUUUAGUGAAUUGAAUAAUAUAGUGUAAAUAAUUUGUAGCAAGC